GCAUUCUGCGAAAGCUUUCAGCGCGUGCAACAUCCAGUAGGCGUUCAGCCUCCGAGCGGAUAACAUUGCGUUGUUGUAGUUCUUGGAGUCCAAGCAAGACAGACACUAGACACCAGAAGACAAAAGACAACUCAAGAGCUGAUCAGCAGAAAGAAUUAAAAUUUGAAAAGAGAAUUAAAGCAAACAAAAAUACCAAAUCAAAUCAUAAAUAAGAAGGAAAAAUUGAAAGCGAAAUACAAAAAAAAAACAACCAAAAAACAAAAGAACGGAGAAAACGGAAAAGGAGAACGGAAAGAGCAGUCGGACGGAGAACGGAGAACGGAGAAGGCCAUUCAACCGAUAAAAGGGAUCAGCCGCAAAAUGGAAUGACCCGCACUGCCGCCGGUGGCCACGACGUUGCAUAGCCAGAAGCGAAUGCUGCCACAAUCAGCAGCAGCAGCAGAAUCAGCACUUCAGACAGCAGAAUCAGCACCAGGAUCCGCAACAGCUGCAACAGCAAGAGUAACGGCAACAGUCGGGAGCAACAUUCCGUGUGGGAAUGGCCAGCGACGUCGCGUGGCAGCAGCAACAGACGGCUGCAACAACGACACGAAGCUCAACAACAACACCAGCAAUAGAUUAAAUCAAAUGCAUUCCAACGAAGAGCCGCCCAUGACGGUGAUCGUCGAUGGAGGAGGAGGAGGCGGACAGCAGCAGCAGCAGCAGCAGCAGCAGCAGCAACAGCAGAAGAUGCCUCGCAGCGGCAGCCAGAGGUUGCGGAAAACGAGUUCCUCCAGUGCCAAGGCUGCGAUACCAGUACCUGCGGCGACAGCGACAGCUGGCACCAUGCAACGCGCACAUCGACAACCAUCGAACGCCUCCGCGACCGCCAGUACCGAUUCGAGGAGGCGUCGCUAUCCGGGCAAGUCGGAGCGACGCGAUCGCCAGGACCGACAGGACCGUCAGGAGCGACAGGACCGCCCGGAUCGCCAGGAGCGACAGGACCGCCCGUAUCGCCAGGAGCGACAAGACCGACACGACCGACACGACCGACACGACCGACAGGAACGGCAGGAGCAGAUGCCACGCCGCCGGGCCGGACGACGCCAUAGUGGGGCCUCCUCGCUGAGCGAUGCGGUGGCCAGUACUGCCGGCCGCGGGCGCCAUCGUCGUGAGGCGAGAUCGGGGGCCAUCAGCUCUUCGACAGCAUCCAGCUGCAAUGGCAGCUGCAGCUCCGACGACGGCGACUCCUCGCACACAUCGUCCUCAUCCUCGUCCAGCUCCUCAGGCGAGCCGAAUCUGCCGUAUCCCGGCUUCCCCGAGAUAUCCAUGAAGGCCCUCACGCAGUACACGCGGCCACGCAACUGGUGCCUUAUGCUCAUCACCAAUCCGUGGUUCGAGCGCGUCUCCAUUCUGGUCAUCCUGCUCAACUGCAUCACCCUGGGCAUGUACCAGCCGUGCGUGGACGAUGCCUGUGUCACGAAUCGCUGCAAGAUACUGCAGAUCUUCGAUGACAUAAUCUUUGCCUUCUUUGCCCUGGAGAUGACCAUCAAAAUGGUGGCCAUGGGCAUGUGUGGCAAGAACACCUAUCUGGCGGACUCGUGGAAUCGCCUGGACUUCUUCAUCGUCCUGGCCGGCCUGCUCGAGUAUGUGAUGCAUGUGGAGAACCUCAAUCUGACGGCCAUACGAACGAUCCGGGUGCUGAGACCCCUGCGGGCCAUCAAUCGCAUUCCCAGCAUGCGGAUCCUUGUGAUGCUGCUGCUGGACACGCUGCCGAUGCUGGGCAAUGUCCUGCUGCUCUGCUUCUUUGUGUUCUUCAUCUUCGGGAUCAUCGGCGUCCAGCUGUGGCAGGGCAUCCUCAGGCAGCGGUGCACCCUGGACUGUCCCGAGGGCAUGAUCUAUCCCAUCACGGGACUACCUGAAGUGUACAGAGUUCGAGUCCGUGUUAACUCGAAAAACCAUCAGUUUCUAUUGCAAAGCCUAUCGCAGUACUACGAAUUCUCCAAGGAUCAGGACUACAUCUGCUCAACGCCCUCCGACUCGGGCAUGCAUCUCUGCGGCAACUUUCCCCCCUACCGCAGCGGUUCCAUGGUCUGCAAUGAGGAGGCCAAGCUGUUCGACUUCAAUGAGCCGACGAACACCUCGUGCGUCAACUGGAACCAGUAUUACACAACGUGCAAACAGACCGGCGAGAAUCCCUUUCAGGGCACCAUUUCGUUCGACAACAUUGGCAUGGCCUGGGUGGCCAUAUUCCUGGUCAUCUCGCUGGAGGGCUGGACGGACAUAAUGUAUUACGUGCAGGAUGCGCACAGCUUUUGGGAUUGGAUCUACUUUGUGCUGCUGAUUGUGAUCGGGUCGUUCUUUAUGAUCAACCUAUGCUUGGUCGUCAUCGCCACUCAGUUCUCGGAGACGAAGAAGCGCGAGAUGGAGCGGAUGCGACAGGAACGGGCCCGAUACACGUCCACGUCGACGCUGGCCAGCAGCACAAACAACUCGGAGCCGGCCACAUGCUACGCGGAGAUAGUCAAAUAUAUCGCCCAUCUGUGGCGACGCUUCAAGAGACGAAUGUUAAAGAAGUACAGAUUAUAUAAGUACCAGCGGCAGCAACGCAAGGAGGGACUACUGCCCAAUGCCGACAACCUGACCUUUUCACCGUCGCGCAUCAAGUGCCACCAUCCGAAGUGUCCCAAGUACAGUAAUCGCAAGCAUCCGUCCAGCAUUCAGGAUCAGAUGAUUACCGUUAUGGUGCCGCUCAAUUCCAACUCGAAUUCCAACAACAACAACAAUAACACCAACAAUCACAAUGGCAGCACCAACACGAAUGCCAUCAACAAUGUGCCCAGCUGCACCACAGUGGCAUUGGUGAACGGGAUAAAUGGCAGCACGGCCAGUGUGACCAUGUCGACGGCCCAGCAUCAGCAGGCCGCCCAGCAGCAGCAGCAGCAGCAGCAACACUCCUCCUCCGACAACACCGAACAGUCGAUGGGCGAGGCGGCCUGUGGCGGCGGCAGUAUGGUCAUGCCGCGCAGCUCCUCGCUGAAGAAGUCCUCUCACCACCAGCUGAAGCCCGAGGGCAGUGCCGGCGAGCAGAAGACAAUACUGUUGAAGUUCCCCCAGCAGAUCAUGGAUUCGGAGCAGCUGAUUCUGCAGUUGGGAAAUUUAGGCAAGAGCCAUCCUUGCACCUCGGGCUUCCUUAGUCCGCCCACGUCGGCCAGCCGACGUCCGUCGGUGAUGUUCAACGAGUACGUGCUGCUGCACACGCCUCCCGCCCUCAGCACGGAGCCGACCCUGGCACCGGGUAGCGCCUCCCCAGCAGCAACAACCACCACUGUUGCCACAGUGGCGGGAACGGCAGCCGCAGCUGCAGCAGCGGCAGCGACAUCAUCAUCACCAGCAGCAUCGGCGGCCGGUCCUGGUGGCAGCAACAACCACACCAACCACAACCUGAACAACAACAACCAAAGUGGGAGUGGCAGUGGCAGUGGUGCGGCGGCAGUUCCAGAGAAAAGCACCACCAUAUUCUCCACGGAGAAGAUGACCCAGGCCGGCGAUGGAAGCAUCUGGCAGGUGAACCUACCGCAGACCAUCGGCACCAUCGCCAAUCCAUAUGCAGAUUGCUCCGAGCUGGGUAUACACGAUGCGAUGACUUGUCAAGAGCUGUUAGCAUUCUCUGUGGCCUUUUCAGCGGCCUUGCCGACGGGCCAGAGCACGCUAGAGUCCUUUUACACGUCGCUGGCCCGCUGUGAUCCACACACCGCUGAGGCGCUUAAGGCCCAGCACAAGCGGGCCCCGACCACUUCCCAGGCCUUAGUCUCUGUCCAGUCCCCGGGACAUUUCCAGCCAGCGCCGGAUCAGGCGGCGGGUGGGGCAGUGGAUGCCUUCGAGCUGAACGGUGCGCCCAGCACUGUCGCAGCCGUUUCAGCGGCUGUGGGCCCAGGGGAAUCGCAGGCAACCACUCAUCAUCGCCAGCGGAGAGAGCAUCACUCGCAUCCCCAGCACCAGCAUCAGCAUCAGCACCAGCACCACCACAAUAAUAACAACAACAGCCACAGCAGGAACAACAAUGGACAUAGAUCACGGGGUCACACAUCCCACGGGCAGGGCCAUGGGCGCGAUCACGGCGGUCCCACGGGCAACUACAUGGAGGACUACGCCUGCUGCUACGACCUGUACCAGAACGCCCUCUCGCCGCUGGAGGAGCGCCAUCAUCAGAGAUCUGCGGCGAUGCGCGGCCUGAUCGCCGUCUACCGCUGCGUGUCACGCAUCUGCAGCUACGUCCGACGCUAUAUCAGACGCCUGGUGGAGCACAAGUACUUCCAGCAGGGCAUCCUGCUAGCCAUUCUGAUCAACACGCUCUCCAUGGGGAUCGAGUACCACAACCAGCCGCCGGAGCUCACAGCCAUCGUGGAGACCAGCAACAUAGUCUUUUCCGGCAUCUUUGCCGUCGAGAUGCUGCUCAAGGUGGUGGCCGAGGGGCCCUUCCGCUACAUAGCGAAUGGAUUCAAUGUCUUUGACGGCAUCAUUGUCAUACUCAGCGCCAUUGAGAUAUGCCAACAGUUUUUGGGCAACGGAACUGGGGGCGGUGGCUCUGGUUUGUCCGUUCUGCGGACAUUCCGGUUGCUCCGCAUCCUCAAGCUCGUCCGCUUCAUGCCGAAUCUGCGGAGGCAACUAUUUGUCAUGCUUCGCACCAUGGACAAUGUGGCCGUGUUCUUCUCCCUGCUGGUACUCUUUAUAUUCAUCUUCAGCAUACUCGGCAUGUAUCUGUUUGGCGGUAAGUUUUGUAAAUUUUUGGACGAAUCCGGACUCGAACGCGAGUGUACGUGUCCCGAAAUAAUCAGCCGGCAUCCGCAAUGCGAGUGCGAUCGCAAACACUUCAACAACAUUUUGUGGGCCACUGUCACAGUAUUCCAAAUACUGACGCAAGAGGAUUGGAACGUCGUCCUGUUCAAUGGAAUGGAAAAGACAAGUCAUUGGGCCGCAUUGUACUUUGUGGCCCUAAUGACAUUCGGCAAUUAUGUGCUAUUUAAUUUAUUGGUGGCCAUUUUGGUUGAGGGAUUCAGUUCAGAGCGAAAUGAACGUCGCGAGCGCGAACAGCGCGAGUUGGUUAAGAAACUGCGCGAAGAGACAUUGGCCGAGAAUUAUAGCGAUGGUAUGUACGAUGAAUCGCGCAGCGAGGCGGAUUCAUCGACCACUAACGAUAGUUACUACGAGGUACGCAAUCGCUGGCGCUCAGCGGAGGACGUGCGCAAGCUGCAGGACUCGGCCGAGCUGAUCAUCGAGGCCAAGAGCAACAUGCACCGCCAGCGGCUGCUCCAGCCCAGUCACGAUUACCAGAUCAAUGAGCUGCCCACGCCGGGUGGCGCACCGGCGUCUGGCAUUACUGCUUCCGGCCAGGACAAGGAGGCUGGAGGUGGAGGCAGCGGCGCCAGCAACAUGCUCAAGCUGAUGCCACACGAAGAGGGCAGCAGCAGCAAGCCCCGCGGCGGCCUCAAAAAGACAUACUCCGUCAAGGACAGACGCAGCGAGGCGCCGCGCCUUUCCAAAAUGCGGCUCGUCCGGGAGCCACCUAUCAUCACAACGACGGCGGCCACGCCGCAGGACUCGCCCAGCACCACCCUGGAGCCGGGCAUGACCUUCCGCCAGUGGGGCGACAUGGAGCCACCGCCUCCUCCAUCGCCAUCGCUGCUGCGACCCCCGAACAUUUUCACUGGGGGACAGCGCACCCUGGACGAGGGCAUACCCGCCAUCGAUCUCAUUCCACCCUCCCCAGUGCUCGCCCACAAACCGCUCAACAUCCUCAACGCCAGCCAGCUGGGAGUGGGUGUGGGCGGAGGCAUGGGCAUAGGCAUGGGCAUGAGCAUGGGGAUAGCAGGUGGGACGGGGAGCACAGGAAGCAGCAUGCACAGCGUCAUCAUCGAUGACAUAUCGAAGAGCUCUGGCUCGACAGCAGCUGCCACGCCCAUCUAUGUGCCCACUAUAUCCUCCUCGUCGACGGCGGGGGGACUCCAGCCUCCGAUUGGGCCCUCCACAGCGCACACGGAGAGCCACAGCUACAGUCACAGUCUGAAUGAUCUGACGGGCUCGAUGACAGUCCAUGGACCUGGAACUGGAAUUGGACCCGGAGCUGGACCUGGAACUGCUACCAGUGCCGGUGCCUCGACCAGCGGCAGUUCUUCCAGCGAGCGCCUUCCCCUGACCCCGUCCCCGUCCCCGUCCCCGUACAGCGGAAUUGGUGGGGGCAGCUUUAAGCAGCGCUUCCGGCGUAGCAGCUCCAAGAAGAGAAGACCCCAGCCGACAGCCGCAGCUGAGGACAGCAUCAGUGGCCAUGACGAGGAGGAGCAGCAGCAGCAGCUGAACAACGGCAGCGACAACAGCUUCCUGCUGAGGAGCAGUGCGGGAGGAGGAUUGGGAGGAGGUGGUGCAGGUGCAGGAAGCGGAAACGCAGCAGGAGCUGCCAAGGACACCAACCGGCUGAGCCCGCAAAACUCGAUCCGCAGACUCUCGAACACGCUGAGCAUCGGCAGUGGCAGUAGUCCGGGGGCGGCGCUGGGCAGUCGCCGGGCCUCGGCCUGCAUCUUCAACUCGCAGGUGUACCAGAACCUGAACCAGCCCCCGAAGCUGCGUCCGGGCCCGGGUCAGCGGCGGAUGAGCUCCAUUGAGCUGGCAUUCAGCAAGACCUCGCACCUGAAUCUGCACAACCUGGAGGCGAACCGCAAGUCGCUGUCCUACACGAAUUCUAAGAUGGACCUCGACAAGUGGCAGAGGUCGUACGGCAAUCUCAACGAGCCGGACAACAUGCUGCAGCAGUACAUCGAGGCGCGGGACAAGCGCAAGACCUCGAUAAGCCACUAUAACCUGAAGAAGCGGCUCGAGGAGAAGGAGCUCCAGCAGUUGCAGCAGCUCCACCAGCAGCAACUGCUACUCCAGCAACAGCAACAGGACUCCUCGUCCUCCUCCCAGCAGCAGCCCCAGUCCCAGUCCCAUCGGCUCUCCAAAGAGUUCCAGCACAUGGCACUGCAGCCACAUUCCAUGAUGUCAAGUGGCGGGCGGAUGUCCAAGCUGAUGAUGAUCAUCGAACGGCUCACGCCAAGGCAGUUCGCCAUGGAGCGUGAGUCCUACUCGAUGUACGUCUUUCCCGAGGAUAACAAGUUUCGGCAGGUCUGUACGUGGUUUGUCAAUCAGAAGUGGUUUGACAAUGUUGUGCUGCUGUUCAUCGCACUCAACUGCAUCACCCUGGCGAUGGAAAGACCAAACAUCCCUCCAACCAGCACCGAAAGAUUGUUUCUGUCAACAGCCAAUUACGUGUUCACCGCCGUCUUCACCGUUGAGAUGUUCAUUAAGGUAGUCGCCACGGGCAUGUUCUACGGCACGGAUGCGUACUUCACAUCCGGUUGGAAUAUCAUGGACGGAUCUUUGGUUACCAUUUCCAUAAUUGAUUUGUUAAUGUCAUUGAUUAGCGAAUCGAGCCCGAGGAUAUUUGGGAUUUUAAGGGUGUUUCGGCUACUUCGUUCCCUGCGGCCUCUGCGGGUGAUCAACCGUGCCCCGGGUCUGAAACUAGUCGUGCAAACGCUCUUAUCGUCCCUACGUCCCAUCGGCAACAUCGUGCUGAUCUGCUGCACCUUCUUCAUCAUCUUCGGGAUACUGGGCGUACAGUUAUUCAAGGGCACCUUCUUCUACUGCGAGGGCGAGAACAUCAAAAACGUGCGCAACGCGGACGAGUGCCGCCGCAUUCCGGGCAACGUCUGGACGAACCGCAAAUACAACUUUGACGACCUGGGCAAGGCCCUGAUGUCCCUCUUCGUGCUGAGCUCCCGCGACGGAUGGGUGAACAUCAUGUACACGGGCCUCGAUGCCGUCGGCGUCGACCAGCAGCCGAUCGUAAACUACAACGAGUGGCGGCUGCUGUACUUCAUAGCGUUCAUCCUGCUGGUGGGCUUCUUCGUGCUCAACAUGUUCGUGGGCGUGGUGGUGGAGAACUUCCAUCGGUGCCGCGAGGAGCAGGAGAAGGAGGAGAAAAUCAGGCGCGCGGCCAAGCGGGCCCUGCAGAUGGAGAAGAAGCGCCGCCGGAUGCACGAGCCGCCCUAUUACACCAACUACUCGCCCACCCGCAUGUUCGUGCACAACGUCGUGACCUCCAAGUACUUCGACCUGGCCAUCGCAGCCGUCAUAGGGCUAAAUGUGGUCACCAUGGCCAUGGAGUACUACAAGAUGAAAAUGGCCCUGCAGUAUGCCCUGAAGAUAUUCAACUACUUCUUCACCGCCGUCUUCAUCCUGGAGGCGAACAUGAAGCUGGUGGCCCUCGGCUGGAAGCUGUACCUCAAGGAUCGCUGGAACCAGCUGGACGUGGGCAUCGUCCUGCUCUCGAUCGUGGGCAUCGUGCUCGAGGAGCUGGAGACGAAGAUCAUACCCAUCAAUCCGACAAUCAUUCGGGUGAUGCGCGUCCUGCGCAUCGCCCGCGUCCUCAAGCUGCUGAAAAUGGCAAAGGGCAUUCGGGCACUGCUGGACACCGUGAUGCAGGCCCUGCCACAGGUGGGCAACCUGGGACUGCUCUUCUUCCUGCUGUUCUUCAUCUUCGCGGCGCUGGGCGUGGAGCUGUUCGGGCGCCUCGAGUGCUCCGACGAGAUACCCUGCCAGGGCCUGGGCGAGCACGCGCACUUCGCCAACUUUGGCAUGGCUUUCCUCACAUUGUUUCGCGUAGCGACUGGCGACAAUUGGAACGGCAUCAUGAAGGACACGCUGAGGGAUAAUUGCGAUGACGCGGCCGAUUGUGUACGCAAUUGCUGCGUCAGCUCGGUUAUUGCUCCCAUAUUCUUUGUGAUAUUCGUGCUAAUGGCGCAAUUCGUUUUGGUGAAUGUCGUCGUGGCUGUACUGAUGAAACACCUCGAGGAGAGCCACAAGCAAAUGGAAGACGAGCUCGACAUGGAGGUGGAGCUCGAGCGUGAGCUGGUGCGCGAGCAGGAGUUCGCCCAGGAGCAGAAGCUGUGCCAGCAGCUGGCGGAGGCGCAGGCAAAGGCGGCUGCUCCCCCACGCCCCCUCGCCAAGGUCAAGUCGCUGCCGAAGAACUUCAUCUACAGCACCCCCUCGCUGGACAAGAAGUUCCCCAGCCCCCAGUCCCUCACCAGCAGCGCGGCCACCAAUCUCAACCAGCUACAGCAGCAGAAUCCAUCCACAUCGACAUCCACAUCGCCGGGACUGGGCGGACUGGCGCAGCGGGGCGUGACAGCGGGAGCGGGAGGACGCCGCCAGACCGUACAGUACUUCAAUCAGCCACAAAGCGGGCCGGGCCUGGGUCUCGGCCUUGGCCUGGGCCUGAGCCUGGCCGAAAUGGGUGGCACGCUGACGCCUCAGGCGCUGAGCGCGCGGCUGGGCGAACCCUUUGGCGGCGCCUCAACAGCGACGGCAGCGGGAGGAGGAACUUGUGCCGGCUUCGGCCAGGAGCCGGGCAACCUCCAGCUGCCGCCUCUGGGGCGCCGCGGGCGACGCGCCUCGGCCGCUGCCGGCUUCCGCAAGCGCGGCGUGCUGUCCAAGGAGCGCUCGCUAGACGAGCAGGCCAUUCGACGACGUAAUCUGGAGGCCAAGCGCACCAGCUGCGACUCGCUGCCCUGGGGUGGGGAUGCUCUCGACUACAGGCGCGGCACCAUCUUCGAGAGCCUCGAGUCGGAUGGCGGGGGCGGCGGACUGGGAUCGGGAUCGGGAUCUGGAGGAUCGCCACUCGGUUUUGAUAUUCGCAGCGUGCGCAGUGCGGAUGUUCCGCACCUGGAGCCGGAAACCGAUGCUCUGGCCGUGGUCAGUGCCCUGGUGCCCGCAGCAACGCCUAUGCCCCUGUCCAUGCCGCUAGCCCUGCCCAUGCCCACGCCCACACCCACACCCUCAUCCACACCCACCGGGAUGUCGUCAGCACAUCAUCCGCCACCACGUCGCCCCUUCGGCUGGUCGCAGUCCGUCGACCAGGGCUGCCUCCUGGGGGCGCCCGGUCGCAGCAGCCUCCUUCUGUCCGUGCCGCGCUCGAUGCCCCCCCGGAGCCGCAGCGGCAGCACCAAGCAGCUCUUCAAGCAGCAGGCGCUCGACGAGGAUGCCGACAUGGACGAGAGCUCGCUGCUGCUGCCAUCCGUCAGCGGGGGAGCCGUUGGAGGCCCCACCCCCACCGUCGCCGCUGCCCUGGAGAGCGUGGCUGCCGCCAGUGCUGUGGACUCCCACUUGCUACCAGGCAAAUCCGAUUCGGCGGACAUCUUGCGCAUUAUCAGCGAGCGGCGGCGGAUGGAUCAGCGGGACCAGAGGGAUCCCAGGGACGAUGUCGAGGACAGGGACAGCGACUACAACGAGCUGUUGCUGGUCAAGUCCCCCCAGUCCUCGAUGGACUAGGCAUGCAACCCCUGUAUGUCUAUCUCAAUCUCUCUCUCUCUCUCUCCAAGUAUACAUAGAUCCCUGUCUGUCGCCCAUACUUUGUAUACCAGUCUCUAUAAAACAAAAAACAAGCCAGUCGAAAAACAAAAAAAUCUUUAGGGAAUUUUCUAAGUGCUCAGUUUUAGAACUUGAAAACUACAACUAAAAAGAAAUCGAUAGGCAAUAGGCAAUAGCGAUAACAAUAACGAUAAAUGAAAAUGAUUAAUCGAUAGCCGUAACUAUUACCGAUAAACGAUAACUAAUCUUAGAGCGUUCGUUAUCCAACGCAAGACAAAAACAAAACAAAAAACAAAACUAAAAAAAAGCGAGAAAACAAAAAGAAAGAAUAAAAAAAAAUUGUCAACUGUUUUUAGUGCAAUCCUACGGUUUUCAUAACUUUAAAAAGCAUCCAGAUGGUAUCAGAACCUACAAAACGGAGGUCUCAAAAACAAACACACGCAGAAGAUAAACCGAAAUACCGCAAUAAGAAAAAAUAAGAAAAUAAACUAAAGUAACAAAAAAAAAGAACUACGUUUAAUGUUGAUUAGAGCGUUUUCCGUUUCAAGCUGUAGUCGAGAGGUCUAAAGCCACGAGCUGACGAAUUAUAUACAAGCGUUAUAUGCGAUUUACAUAUACAUAUACUAUAUACUAUAUACAGUUAUAUAUACAUACUUAUACAUAUAUAUACUACUUAUAGGGGUACUGCAUACAUGAUGGAAAUUUGUGAACAAAAGAUCAUCAACUCUGUGAUUAGCUCUUAAAGUUUAAACAUUUAUAGGACGAAGGCGGCGGUGAAUACACUCAGACACUCACACUCACCACUAAACACGUAUGAUGUCUGUAUAUAGUAAGAAUGUAUGUGUGUAUUUUACUUAGUCUAGAAAGGGAAACUAACUAAACAGAAACAGAAAACUCAAAACACAAACACAAUGCUGACAAGACCUCCAUAGUACAUACGAAUACGAGUACAGCUGAAGCUGAAGCUGAAGAGCCAGCACCUUGAUAAGCAAUUGCACAUUGUACGAGUACGAGUACGAGUACGAGUAGCUAAUAAGAUCGUACCUAGUCCCCCCCAAAAUCCAAAAAUCAACAAUAAAGAAAAAGGAAAUAAGAAUAGUAUAUGUGCUGCGUUGACGCGCUGCACCUCAUUUGUUGCUAAGGAAGAAGGAAAAAUCUAUGUGCAAACGAAUUUACUUAGGUACUUAGACACACCCAGAAACCUAUAUAAACCUAUAGAAACCUAUAGAAACCUACAUAUAUGUAUGAUAUAUGGAAACAGAUAAUGGAUACAACCCAAUACCAAUAGUCCAUCUGGUCGACAAUCUUUGCAUUAUCUCUCACUCUAUCUCUAUCCUCUAUGAACUCUGCCUUUUCCAUAGGACCCCAGACACCACCCCACAGCAAAACAGUGCCAACGUCAGCGCAUUAAGGGUACUCAUGUUUGGUAAAGACAUGAGAGAUUCUUUCUGUUUUUUUUUUUUUUUUUUUUUUUGUGGAUACAGUUCUUGUAACUAUCCCAAGAAUAAAAGAUGGCAACAACUACAACUAAAUGAAGCAGAAGAACUUUAAAGUCUAGCAUUUAUAAACAAAAACAAAACCAGAACAAAUUAGUAGAAAUUUAAUGAUUAAUGUUUAAUGAAUAUAUAUAGUGUAUAUAUGGAACUAUCAACGAAUUACAAUAGAGCAUCAAGAUAUUUCUAGGCACUUGAUUGGAGCGAUCGACAGGAGGGCGAAAAGCUGAUAGAAGAAGACGGAAGAUGGAAAUGAGGAAUAAGUAGGACAAGGAACACUAACUUAACACUGUCAAUUUUUCAACAUGAUCUAAGCUUAUUUUUCAAAGAAAACCAAAAGCAAAAAACGAAAACGAAAACAAAACAAAUUUUACACUCUUUGUACACACUGUAAAAAAAAAGAAGAAUGAAACGAAGAAGCUACCCAGUUUAGAUAAACUUUAAACAAAGAACUUACAAAAUCAAACUUAGCAAACGAUUUGGGCGAAGGCUAUGACGACGACGAAGAAGCAACAAAUUUGAUUAAUAAUAAUUUCAUCUGUGCCUUUCUCUACGAAAAUAUAUAUACAUAUAUAUAUAUAUAUAUUUACAUUUAUACAUAAACUAUAUACAAAUUUAUCAGAUACUAGAACUCUUCUAGACUCUCCAGCUCUCAAGCUCUCCCUUCUCCUUCUCCCUAUUCUGUCUAACACACACACACACCACACCCACGCACAGAACUAACCCCUACUCACCACAGACACAGUCAAGACGAAGGACGAAGCAGUGCGUUAUGUAGGGCAAGCCAAGCAGAAGUAAGAAAGAGGUGGUCAUAGGAGUGCGACAUGGGGCACAUAGGCGGCACCAAGCAGUACUAAGCAGUGCAGUGUCUCGCGUUGGGAACUAAUGAAGAAAAUGCAACUCUGACAAAACUAUUUACGAUGCAAAACGAAUGAAUAAUAAAAUAAUUACUUAAGCCCACUAACAACCCAAAAAACCGAAAAGGGAAAAUGAAAAACGAUAAAGAUAAAGAUAAAGGAAAAGGAAACGCAUGCAUAAAAAUACCAAUAAAAUAAAAUUAUAAGCAAACGCAAGCAAAAAGUUUAUAGGUUAAUGCGCUAGUAGUUUUGAACCGUUUAUUUUUUUGUAAUUGUAAUUUUGUAUUGUAGCUGCUUGAUGUAAACUGAAAUCAAAUGAAACCGUAUUCGCUUUCAGUUUUUAGUUGAGUGUGUUCCCUCUUUUCCCUCUGUUUGUUUGUUUGAUGAGCAGAGUAAGGCAACCUAUCGCAUAAAGAGUGUUUUUCUUGUUGAUUAAUAAUUAGGUAAAAAUGCUACAGAGCAUAAGUUAAUUAAAGCAAAGCAAGCGACAAGCGACAAGCGAAAAACAGAAAAACCAAAAAACCAAAUUAGACAAAGUUGCAGACGAAGCAAAUUAAAUUUAAAAAAAUUAUAGCCAUAAAGGUAAACGAAAUGCAAAACUAAGUAAAUUUGCUUUUAGCCCCAUGCAGGUACAAAGGUACAAAAAGAAACACAGAAAAAACAAAAUUAAAUCAAACCAAAG